AUGGUGUAUAAAUUUCCCAAAGCUCACUGGAUGUACAAAAUCUAUCCAACGUUUCACUCAGGAGGGGAGGAGUGGAGACGACAACUCUUCGGCAAACAGAUGAGACUCGAGACUAUUGCCCGCUCUGUGAACGAUCUGGUGAGGGAUGAGCGCAUACAUCUCACCUAUUAUAAGGCCUGGGAGGUCCGCAACUAUGCCGAACGGGAGGCCAUACUAGAACUCAGAGGAAACCCUUUACCCUCUGUCCGGAACCCAUCCCUCGACAGCCAAAACUUUUUAACGAAUGUUCUCUUAAGAGCCGCCAAAAGAGAGUAUGAAAACAAUAAACGGGACAAAGGUUUUGAGACAAAACACUGAAUUAUUGGGCAAAUUGUCGUAUUUUUCGUAAAUUGCUUUUCUAUAAAAUACGUUUACAUUAACGAUGAAAACUAUUUAUCAAUUCAUAUGUUAGUCACAAAUUAGCACCAAUUUUGUGAACAAUUUUAAUGUAAAUACCGUAAAUGAAUUUUGAAACCAAUAUAAUUACGGUAUGUUUAUUUCAUAUUGUAUAUAAAAAUCAAACAAAAUUUUCCCAAAUGAUUUACCGGAAAU